AUGGGUCACUCGCCGAUCGCCGCGGGCGCCGGACGCGACCAUCUGAGCGACCUCGACGACGGCAUGAUCGGCCACAUCCUCUCCUUCCUCGACGCCAAGGAGGCCGCACGCGCCGCGGCGCUCUCGUCGCGAUGGCGCGACGUCUUCGCCAGCGUCCACACCGUCUCCCUGGAGCAGCCGGAACGGCCACUCUACGACUACGACGCCGACGGCGACGAUAGCUGGCACAAGCAAAACAUUGCGCGGCCCUUCGUCGCCACCGUCACCGACGCCCUCUUCGCCCGCAGUCGCCGCCCGGACCACGCCGCCGCGGCGGUGCCCCUGCGCGCGCUCCGCGUCUGUAUGGAUGGCGGCGCAAGUUACUUCAAGGUGGCCCGGUGGAUCUCGUACGCCCUAAGGUAUGCCGGCCCCGACCUCGAGCUCGACCUCCGCCUCGCCCGCGACCCCGUCUGCUGGGGCAUCGACUUCGACCCGCGCGAUUUCGGGCUCUUCCGGGAGGAUGCCAAUUUACCAGAUGAGAAUGAUGCCGUGGCCCAGAUGCCUCCUGACAUCGACCCGGUCGAUCCUAUCCUCGCCGCCGAUGCCUGCCGCUGCCGGCAGCCCAAACAAAUAUCACGCCCCCAGGGAGCAGCCUCCCGGUGUCAACGAUGA